GCAACCCUGAUGCAAUGUCACAAGCUGCGCGCAACAGCUACUCCCAUCUUGUCUACCAAAUGUAACCGUUGGUGUUUCAGAUUUGUAGUAAAAAAUGAGGCUGUUUAUGAACGCUUGCGCUCUUUUAGUCAAAGUCCUCACUCUACCGCUGCAUAUUGCGGAGGUGAUUGGACUACUGUCUUUCUACAAACGCGUCUUUCCUUUAAUCGUCUAUAAAAUCUCGUUCUCCUACAAUGACAAAAUGAACGACAACAAAAGGGAACUAUUUCGAAACCUGGACAAAUUCUUCCCCCCGAAAGGCUCUCUGCGCAUCUUGGAGCUGGGCUGCGGAUCCGGGGCGAACUUUGAGCAUUACCCGACGGGCUGCAGGAUCACAUGCAUCGACCCCAACCCGCAUUUCCAAAAGUACCUGGAGAAAAGCAUGGCGAAGAACGACCACCUCGUUUAUGACAACUUCAUAGUGGCGUGGGGGGAGAAUCUAAAGGCGGUGGAGGACAACUCAAUGGAUGUUGUGGUGUGCACGCUGGUUCUGUGCUCAGUCCAGGAUACGCAGAAGGUUCUGCAAGAAGCAAAGAGAGUUCUGAAGCCUGGAGGUGCAUUUUUCUUCAUUGAACAUGUGGUGUCUGACCCCUCAAGCUGGAUUUACUUUUUUCAACAUGUUCUUCAACCAUUCUGGUACUAUUUCGGUGAUGGCUGUGAGACAACCCGUGCUACUUGGAAACAACUUGAGGCAGCUGGAUUCUCUGACCUGCAGCUACGUCACAUCCAAGCUCCUCUGUUUUUUAUGAUCAAACCACACAUUGUUGGUUAUGCAGUAAAAUGAUAAAAAUGAAUUUUGCCACAAAAAAAAUAAUAAUAAAAAAAACAGCAACAACCUACAUUCAAAACGGAUUCAUUUCACCAUCUACCUUUAAAUGUUUUGUAUGAAAGACCAAUUUGUAUUAAACCAUAAAAUAGAACGUUUUUGUUUAAUGUGCAAAAUCUCAAGACUGAAUUGUAUAUUUUAUAUGACUGUAUCUUGUUGCAUGAGUAUCCCAUUUGUAAAACAUUACUAUUAAGUAAUCCUAUGUAUGGAAAAUAAUUUUUUUAAUUGAAAUUUUCAAAUGACCUGAUAUUUUCAUGUUGUCCUUGACUGUAGGAACACAAUAUGGUUUGAAAAAAAAAUUUUAAAUAAAUAAAGAUAUAUUUUUUAAAUGUGAAGUAAAUAUGAAA